AUGCGGAGGAGAAACAAAUGUGAGAUCGACGAUUACGCUGCCAAUUUGAAGCGGAUCCGAAGCAUCGGUUUACGAGUACAGUGCACAAAGCCUUUCCAACGGCCUUCCGAACCUUUGAUGGAGAAAAGCGCUCAUCAUCAUGUGCCAUCUUGCUCGCCGGUAACCGUCUUCGCGCCACGCAAAACGAACCGAAGAUCGCAGUCCACGAUUAACGAAAAAAAAAUUGUAGCAAAAGCGUCGCUGCGCUCGUCUUAUUCGCCGAUAUGCUUCUUCGCGCCACGCCUAAUUAUUAUCCAUCGUAUCGUAUCGUAUUCAAUGGCUGAGCUCAAGCGC